UUUCGUUCUGUUUAAUUCAAACAAUAAUAAUAGUAAAAAUAGAUGGGUUUGUUUUUGUUUCCACCGCCCAAAGUUGCAACCUUUAAUCUGCUGCUUGUGCUGACUGUGAGUCCCGUGAGCUUCACGUUUGUCAAUGGAGGAAUACCGACAACCCUCGAAGGACCCUUUAAGCCUGUCACUGUUCCUCUCGACGACAGCUUUCGAGGCAAUGCCGUUGACUUGCCGGACACUGAUCCUCGAGUUCGAAGAAUCGUCAAAGGUUUCGAGCCCGAACAAAUCUCUGUCUCUCUCUCUACAACCCAUGACUCUGUCUGGAUAUCUUGGAUUACAGGGGAAUUUCAAAUUGGAGACAAUAUAAAACCGCUGGACCCGAAUAAUGUUUCAAGUAUUGUUACAUAUGGAAGGUACGGAUUCCCUAUGGAUAACCAAUCAACGGGGUAUUCCCUUAUUUACAAUCAGCUGUAUCCGUUUGAAGGCCUCCAAAACUACACUUCCGGAAUUAUACACCAUGUUCGUCUCACAGGAUUGAGACCCAACACUUUGUAUCAGUAUCAAUGUGGAGAUCCUAGCAUUGCAGAUAUGAGCAAAGUAUCUUAUUUCAAGACUAUGCCAGCCUCCGGUCCCAAGAGUUACCCCAGAAAAAUAGCUGUGGUUGGGGACCUUGGCCUUACAUACAAUACUACAUCAACGGUCGAUCACUUGUUGGCUAACGGACCUGAUCUUAUGUUAUUGGUUGGGGACGUUACUUAUGCUAACUUGUACCUCACAAAUGGCACUGGGUCUGAUUGCUACUCUUGCUCAUUCUCGCAAACUCCUAUUCACGAAACUUAUCAGCCUCGUUGGGAUUACUGGGGAAGGUUUAUGCAGCCGCUAGUGUCUAAAGUUCCAAUGAUGGUGGUAGAAGGGAACCAUGAGAUCGAAGAACAGGCUGGGAAUCGAACAUUUGCUUCUUAUAGUUCGCGAUUUGCAUUCCCCUCCAACGAGAGUGGAUCAUCAUCUACAUUGUUUUAUUCAUUCAACGCAGGCGGGAUACACUUUAUAAUGCUCGGUGCUUACACAGCCUAUCACAAAUCAGACGAUCAAUACAAGUGGUUGGAGAAAGACUUGGCUAAAGUUGACAGAAAUGUGACUCCUUGGUUGGUAGCAGCAUGGCACCCGCCAUGGUACAGCACCUACACGGCACAUUACAGAGAAGAGGAAUGUAUGAAAGUUGAGAUGGAAGACAUACUGUAUAAGUAUGGUGUUGACAUCGUCUUCAACGGCCAUGUUCACGCCUACGAGAGGUCAAAUCGAGUGUAUAACUACACAUUGGAUCCCUGCGGCCCUGUUUACAUCACAGUUGGUGAUGGUGGUAACCGGGAGAAGAUGGCAAUUGCGCAUACUGAUGAACCUGGAAACUGCCCAGAACCAUCUACAACUCCGGAUAAGUUUAUGGGCGGCUUCUGCGCAUUUAAUUUCACAGAAGGGCCAGCAGCAGGAAAGUUCUGUUGGGACAAGCAGCCUGAAUACAGUGCGUAUCGAGAGAGUAGCUUUGGCCAUGGGAUUCUAGAGGUGAAAAACGAGACUUAUGCUCUAUGGACUUGGCACCGGAAUCAGGACAUGUACAGCAACUCUGCAGACCUAAUUUACAUUGUAAGGCAGCCCGAUAGGUGUCCGGUUACAGACAACGGUGCAUAAACAAUGGCGAGCGGGAAACCGAAGGACGUUAUUGAAUAAUAUCAUAACAACGGAUUGGUUCAUCCCUACAUUUUUGUAAUACUUCUGCAGAUUUCUAGUUGUGAGCCCGUGUCUUCAACUUGUGGACGACAGGGUUAAAUUAUCUUUCACAUAAUCUAAUACAAUUUCUUCCAAUAAAAUUUAAUUUCUUCUGUAA